CGAGGAAUGGCGGUAUCUGUGUGAGGACUCGGGGUGUGAAGAGUUGAAACUUCCAAGGCUUUUUUUUUGAGUGACAACGUAGAAGAGUACAAACAAUGGCUGAUAAUAGUGUAUUAACAUCCACUACUGAGAGGACUAGCUUUGCAGACUCUUCCAUUUUUGAUUCUAAGGUUACCGAAAUUUCCAAGGAAAACUUAUUUAUUGGAUCUACUUUAUAUGUUGAAGAAGAUAUGCCUCAGAUUGAAACCAGAGUGAUAUUGGUUCAAGAAGCUGGAAAACAAGAAGAACUUAUGAAAGCCUUAAAGACUAUUAAAAUAAUGGAAGUCCCUGUUAUAAAGAUAAAAGAAAGUUGUCCUGGAAAGUCGGAUGAAAAAUUAAUAAAAAGUGUUAUUAAUAUGGAAAUUAAAGUGCCCUUUGUGAAGAUGGAAUCAGUGGAAGAAUUUGAAGGUUUGGAUUCUCCAGAAUUUGAAAAUGUAUUUGUAGUCAUGGACUUCCAGGAUUCUGUCUUUAAUGACUUAUACAAGGCUGAUUGUAGAGUUAUUGGACCACCAGUUAUAUUAAACUGUUCACAAAAAGGAGAGCCUUUGCCAUUUUCAUGUCGCCCGCUGUAUUGUACAAGUAUGAUGAAUCUAGUAUUAUGCUUUACUGGAUUCAGGAAGAAAGAAGAGCUAGUCAGAUUGGUGACAUUGGUCCAUCACAUGGGUGGAGUUAUUCGAAAAGACUUUAAUUCAAAAGUUACACAUUUGGUGGCUAAUUGUACACAAGGAGAAAAAUUCAGGGUUGCUGUGAGCCUGGGUACUCCAAUUAUGAAGCCAGAAUGGAUUUAUAAAGCUUGGGAGAGGCGGAAUGAACAGGAUUUCUGUGCAGCAGUUGAUGACUUUAGAAAUGAAUUUAAAGUUCCUCCAUUUCAAGAUUGCAUUUUAAGUUUCCUGGGAUUUUCAGAUGAAGAGAAAACCAAUAUGGAAGAAAUGACUGAAAUGCAAGGAGGUAACUAUUUACCAGUUGGAGAUGAGAGAUGCACUCACUUAAUAGUUGAAGAAAAUAUAGUAAAAGAACUUCCAUUUGAACCUUCAAAGAAACUUUAUGUUGUCAAGCAAGAGUGGUUUUGGGGAAGCAUUCAAAUGGAUGCCCGAGCUGGAGAAACUAUGUAUUUAUAUGAAAAGGCUAAUACUCCUGAGCUCAAGAAAUCAGUGUCACUGCUUUCUCUAAAUACCCCAAACAGCACUCGCAAAAGACGUCGUUUAAAAGAGACACUUGCUCAGCUUUCAAGAGAGACAGACUUGUCACCGUUCCCUCCCCGUAAGCGUCCAUCAGCUGAACAUUCCCUUUCUAUAGGGUCACUUCUAGAUAUCUCCAACACACCAGAGUCUAGCAUUAACUAUGGAGAAACACCAAAGUCUUGCACUAAGUCUUCUAAAAAUUCUACUCCAGUUCCUUCAAAGCAAUCAGCCAGGUGGCAAGUUGCAAAAGAGCUCUAUCAGACUGAAAAUAAUUAUGUAAAUAUAUUGGCAACAAUUAUUCAGUUAUUUCAAGUACCAUUGGAAGAGGAAGGACAACGAGGUGGGCCUAUCCUCGCACCAGAAGAGAUUAAAACUAUUUUUGGUAGCAUCCCAGACAUCUUUGAUGUACACACUAAGAUAAAGGAUGAUCUUGAAGACCUUAUUGUUAAUUGGGAUGAGAGCAAAAGCAUUGGUGACAUCUUUCUUAAAUAUUCAAAAGAUUUGGUGAAAACCUACCCUCCCUUUGUAAACUUCUUUGAAAUGAGCAAGGAAACAAUCAUUAAAUGUGAAAAACAGAAACCGAGAUUUCAUGCUUUUCUCAAGAUAAACCAAGCCAAACCAGAAUGUGGACGGCAAAGCCUUGUUGAACUUCUCAUCCGACCGGUACAGAGGUUACCCAGUGUUGCAUUACUUUUAAAUGAUCUUAAGAAGCAUACAGCUGAUGAAAAUCCUGACAAAAGCACUUUAGAAAAAGCCAUUGGAUCACUAAAGGAAGUAAUGACGCAUAUUAAUGAAGAUAAGAGAAAAACAGAAGCUCAAAAGCAAAUUUUUGAUGUUGUUUAUGAAGUAGAUGGAUGCCCAGCCAAUCUUUUAUCUUCUCACCGUAGCUUAGUACAACGAGUUGAAACAAUUUCUCUAGGUGAGCAACCCUGUGACAGAGGAGAACAAGUAACUCUCUUCCUCUUCAAUGACUGCCUGGAGAUAGCAAGAAAACGGCACAAGGUUAUUGGCACUUUUAGGAGUCCUCAUGGCCAUACCCGACCCCCAGCUUCUCUUAAGCAUAUUCAUCUAAUGCCUCUUUCUCAGAUUAAGAAGGUGCUAGACAUAAGAGAAACAGAAGAUUGCCAUAAUGCUUUUGCAUUGCUUGUGAGGCCACCUACAGAGCAGGCAAACGUGCUGCUCAGUUUCCAGAUGACGUCAGAUGAACUUCCAAAAGAAAAUUGGCUAAGGAUGCUAUGUCGACAUGUAGCCAACACCAUUUGUAAAGCAGAUGCUGAGAAUCUUAUUUACACUGCUGAUCCAGAAUCCUUUGAAGUAAAUACAAAAGAUAUGGAUAGUACAUUGAGUAGAGCAUCUAGAGCAAUAAAAAAGACUUCAAAAAAGGUUACAAGAGCGUUCUCUUUCUCUAAAACUCCAAAAAGAGCUCUACGAAGGGCUCUUAUGACAUCCCAUAGUUCAGCGGAGGGACGAAGUCCUCCCAGCAAUGAUAAGCAUGUAGUGAGUCGUCUGUCUAGCACAUCGUCAUUAGCAGGUAUUCCAUCUCCCUCACUUAUCAGCCUUCCUUCCUUCUUUGAAAGGAGAAGUCAUACUUUAAGCAGAUCUACAACUCAUUUGAUAUGAAGCUUAAAAAAAUCUUCAACUAUAGAAAUGAAUGAACAUCUCAUACUCAAAUAAGAAACUGACUUAUAUGGUACUUGUAAUUAGCACUUGGUGAAAGCUGGAAAGAAGAUAGGUAACACUAAACUAUAUCAUUUGAUUUUCUUCUUCAAAGAGUAGGUUUACCUCUUAUAUUUUUGAAGUUAGUU